AUGGCCGAGUUUUUCCACGCCGGCAGGACCAACACCGACGACUGCUACGACGCCGGCAAGCACGUGCACGGCAGCAGGAGGGUGUACGGACACGACGACGCGAGACGCAGUAGGCCGGCGUACGCCGCCGACUGCUACAACGGCGGCGAGGUGGGCGCCAUCGCCGCCGGCGCCUCGUCCACACUGAAGGAGCAGAAGGCGGCGGCCAAGGAGCGCAGGGCGCACGACGACCACUUCUGCCACCACCACUAG